AUGAAGAUAUCCCAACUUUUAGUGUUAUCUUUAAUAAUUUUACAACCUGUUUAUUGCCAAUUAAUCAGACCUAAUUAUAUUUAUGAACAAAUUAUCUAUGGUAUCAAGAAAUACUAUAAUAAUGAGUGUAUUUUAUUAAUUUAUGCUACACCUUCUUCAGAAAUAAUUCAAGAUGUUGAUCAAGGUACCAGGCUAAAAGAUCUCCAAGAAUAUUUCAGCAAACUUAAGAUACGGACACUUAUGAUGGAUAUUGAAACCUUUGUGCUAGGAGUCAAUGAGAGUAUUUAUCACAUUAGGAGACCACUUUUUGUAUUUCUGAAUGACUUUAGUGAUAUCAGAACACAGUUCACGACUAUGAUAGCACCCUGGACAGACAUGGCUUAUCCUCAGUGGUUGAUAUUUUUUCGUGAUCAAACAACGAUUGAAUAUUUUUUUUCUCAUAUUUAUAUUCCAUUUGAUUGCGAAUUCAUGAUCUCCAAGAGUUAUACAUACUCAAAAAACCGAGAAAUAAUCACAGAAAUUUAUCAGAUCGACAGAGGAAAAGAAUUACGAGAACAAACUUUUGCAAUUUGGAGUGCAAGAACAGGAAUAGAAUUUCCUAAAUUGACUCUUUAUCAACGACGUAACAAUCUGCAUGGCCAUCGAUUGAAAGUCAUUUCAAUCGAAGAUCCACCUUCGUCCAAAAUAAUUCGAAAUGAAAGGAACAAGGUGAUUGGACUUGCUGGUUUCUUUGGUGGAGUUAUAGAAUUGUUACAAGAAAGUAUGAAUUGCACCGUAAUUUAUCAAGCAGCAGAUGAAUGGGGCCAACUUUUAGACAAUGGAACCUGGACUGGAGCGAUAGGAUCAUUGAUAAAUGGAAAUUCCGAUAUUUUGGCUGCAGAAUUGCUGAUGACUCAACAACGUUUAGACUUUAUUAAAUUUACAACUCCUCUUUAUUCAACCAAAUGUCGUACAUAUAUUAAAAGGCCACAAAAUUCAGUACUGUGGGACAAGUUUAUCAUGCCAUUCACAGCAGGUAUCUGGAUUACACUUGGAAUAAUACAAAUAUCAACUACUAGUUCUCUUCUUAUUAUCAAGUAUGUGUCAUCUAAAAUACAUAAAGACAUUGAAGAUACUGAUCGUUCUCAAAGCUACCACGUUUUUUUUGAUGUUCUUGGAACACUUUGUGGUCAAGGAAUGGAUAUGUCAUUAUUGAAUUCAAUUCGCAUGGUUCAUUUUGCAAUUCAUUUGACUGGAGUGGUCGUUAUGGCAGCAUAUUCAGCAGCAUUAAUAAGUUCAUUAGCAAUUGUUGUUUAUGAAAAACCUUUCGAUUCGAUAGAAGGUCUUUUGAGAGAUGGAACUUAUCGAUUUGGAAUGGCUCAAUCUGCUUAUGGUUUCUUUCAAAAUGCUACAGAUAAAGUGAUGGUUCGUUUUCUUAAUGAAGUCCUGUCAAAGGAAGAUGCUUUACCAUUAAAUUAUUUAGUUGGACUAUCACAAGUCUGUAAAGAAAACAAGUAUGCUUUAAUGGCAUUAGAUACUGCAGUUUUUGAGCUCGAACCAUCAUUAAGCUGUGAAGUGAUUCCAUUAAAUACUAUCGCUGAAGUUUCUAUUAGUCUAGCUCUUAGACCUAGAAAUCCAUUCCGUGAGAUCAUUAAUAAUAAUAUAUUGAUGAUGCGAAAUAGUGGCAUACUCCGAAAGUUAUUGGAUUCUAUCUGGAAAUAUCCUGGAGAUGAAGAAAAAAGACUUUGGGCAGUGGUAGAAAUUACUGAUAUCUAUUCUCUUAUAGCAGUCGUUACUACUUCCAGCGUUUUAAGUAUUAUUAUGAUGUGUGGAGAACGAGCAGUCAAGAUAAUAAAACGAAUGAAAAGAAGAAAACGAAAAUUGGCUUCAAAACGUGCAUUAAAAAAAUUCAGAAAAAUAGAACUACACUUUCAUAAUAAUUUUUUAGAAUAAUAUUUUAGAAACAAUUUUACUUUAUUU